AUGCAGACUGCUUCUACAAACAUUUGUGAGAGACUGUGCAAUAAGUCCAUCUGUGAAUUUUCAUUGCUACUAAAUAUUCCACGGUCAACUGUUAGUGGUAUUAUAACAAAGUGGAAGCAACUGGGAACAACAGCAACUCAGCCAUGAAGUGAUAGAUUACAUAAAAUGACAGAGCAGGGUCAGAGCAUGCUGAAUCGCACAGUACGCAAACGUCACCAACUGUCUGCAGAGUCAAUAGCUAAAGACCUUCAAAUUUCAUGUGGCCUUCAGAUUAGCAUAACAGCAGUGCGUAGAGAGCUUCAUGGAAUGGGUCUCCAUAAACGAGCAGCUGCAUGCAAGCCUUACAUCACCAAGUGCAAUGCAAAGCGUCAGAUGCAAUGAUGUAAAGCACUCCACCACUGGAGGAUAG